GAGCAGGAAGGUAACAAAUGGGUUAAGUCUCUCUGUAUUUCUAUUGGCUGCGGAAGGUAGGCUGCCCAGAAUACGCUGUAUGUAACGAUCAUCAAGGGGGAGACGCAGACCUGAUUCAAGUUAAUAUGUCCAAAACGUGGCAGCUCCGGGUUGUAAAGGCUGGCACCUUGGAGCUACGUGCUGUGCCUGGCACCAGGGGGGCAGAGGUACCCUGCAUUGACAAUGGCUUCUGGGCAUACAAAGGGACACCUCAGCUGGUGAGAGAUGGAGAGACUGCCGCAGCUACUUAGCAAGCCCAGCAUACUUCUACUCACAUCACCCAUGAAGAUCGACCUUCAUCUCAAUCCACAGAUCUUCUCAUGCAAGGUCUAUCCUUGAAGAUCUAUGCCUUGCAUUGCAGGAUCUGCUGUCACCUUUGUCACCUACAAUGAUCCUCUUGUAUUUCGGGACCGUGCAGUCUCUGCUGAUCCUUUGCCUCUUGGAAUGGAGUACCUUGACUGUUGAUGGGGUAAGGCUCCCUUGUGAUCGGGUAAGGCUCCCUUGUGAUGGGGCAAGGCUCCCUUGUGAUCGGGUAAGGCUCCCUUGUGAUGGGGCAAGGCUCCCUUGUGAUGGGGUAAGGCUCCCCUGUGGUCCCCAUGGAAGGCUAACAUCUUCUGGGUUGGAGCCUUCAAAGGCAGGAUCUUCUCUACUUCAGCGUUUCAGGAGAGGAACUACCUCGGUUAAUAUAACCAGGCAAGGAAGCCAGCCUAGCUUAUUGCCCAACGAGUCAGUGUGCCCAUAUAAAGUCUUCAGCGAGGGCAAAGCUACCUACAAAAGCUUGUGUUUCAGGACCAUGGCUAGAGACUUCCUCUGUGACCAAAGAAGCUGCCAUUUGUACCGAUCUGGAAGGUCUUUGUUGGCCAACGUGUUGAGGAAUAGCAGUGUCCUCCUACAAUGGCAGCCACCAGCUCUCCAUAAAUCUGACCUUAAAGGCUUUUUCAUCAACUGCUCAUGGAAUGGCACUUAUACUCGUUUCCAGUGUGACAGUGUCCAGCUUGGCAUCAACUGCAAGGACUACCUCCUCACCAAUGUCCAUGAUAAUGUCAAGUACAGGAUCUGCCUGCAGACUCUCUACACUAACAGGACGUCUAUAGAGGAGUGUGUGGACUUUGUGGUGGAGCCAGUGGGGAUGCAGGAUAUUGUCAUUGCAAUGACAGCAGUUGGGGGUUCCAUAUGUGUGAUGCUGGUCAUCAUUUGCCUCCUAGUGGCCUACAUUACAGAGAAUCUUAUGUACCCCACCUUCAUGCACCCUUCUUCUAAAAGAGGGCCAUGACCCCCCAGUCUAUUUUCUCAUUGGCUGUGUAAUAUUUGAAAGGUUAACCAUAUUGUUCUUUAAAUGAGCUGGUUUUAGGGUGGAUAUAUAGACAUACCUACCCCUUAACCAAGAGAUCUACCUAAAUUCAGGUCAUUUCUUACUAUAAAAACCCAUACCCCCCAAUAUGCAGUGUAUGCAGGGAUUGUUCUGCUUUGUCUAUAGGAAAUGACCUUGUCAACCAAAGGCUUUCUAAUGUGUUGGAAGAAAAUGAAUACUUCCUGCCUUUCUAACAUGGCGGUACCCUUGAAAUAACUUUCCCGUCUCAGGGAACCUCUGAUACUAAUUAUUAUAUCCACAGCUCACUAGUGUGAUAAUUAGUUGGAAAGAAGCCGAUUGCGUUUGUGGUCAUUAGGAAGAAUGCCCCUUAAAUAUAGCUCAAAGGGUCAUUGUUGUCAGUGAAUACUUAUCUGAAGGACAGAAAUUGCUCAAGUAACCCCUGGCAACCGCUAGACCAUGGGUCUUCAAACUACGGCCUUCCAGUUGUUCAGGAACUACAA